UGCUUUGAUGAAAUGAGUUCGUGUUCAUGUAAAUUAAGUAACAAUGAUUUGGAAUCAUCUGAAACUGAAAAUAGUGAAAAAGAAGUAAAUCUAUUAUCGAAACUUAUCGAUACUAACCUCAAUUUUGAAGAACAUUUUAUACAAUAUCCUGAAAUCAAGAAAUUUGUUGACAGCUUAUUUAAAUAUAUUGAUAGACAAGAUAAAAAAAUACGAAAAAUUCGAAGAAAAUUGGAAAAAUAUAAACAAAAAAUUGAAUUUAAAAUUGAAAAACAUGAUGUAUGUACUCAAUACGAGGUCAACGAUGAAUCGAUUGUUAAAAGUAUCGUAGACGAUAUUACCGAGGCUGCAACAAACGUUGUACAAGAAACAGGAUUUGUAUAUGAGGCUACAUCAGGAUUGUAUUAUGAUUACAAAACUGGCUAUUAUUAUAAUGCUGAAUAUGGACUAUAUUAUGAUGGAAAUACAGGAAUAUACUAUAAAUAUAAUGAACACUCUCACGAAUUUGAAUUUCACUCAAAAGUGGAAUUACCAGAAACUUCUUCUGAAACCGAAGUUGGAACGUCAGCCAAGAGAAAAGAGAAAAUCAAAGAUAGAGAAGAUUACAAACGAGUGAAACACGGUGAUGAAGACACUACGGAGGUUAUCGUUGAUCCUACCACCGAUGAUGAACGAUCAUCAGGACCUGUCAUUAUUGAAGAAGGCGAAUGCACAAAUUCAUCCGACAGUGAUAAUGAUGAUCAGCAUGUUAGACUUAAAAAAAAUAACGAUGAAGUUCAAACUUUCACACAUGCUGAGUGUGAUUUAAAUGAUGAAGAAAUAAGUAAAGCAUGGCCACCUUGUAUGCGUAUAAUUGUACAAGAAACAAGUCUAGAAAAACUGCAAACCGGAACAUUAUUUGUCAUAACGUGUGAUGGUGGUUCAAUGGGCAGAGAAGGGAAUCAUUCAAUACUGAUUCCUGAUAUAAAUGUUAGCAAACAUCAUGCUACGUUUACAUUUAACCGGGAUACAAGUCAUUAUAUGAUUGUUGAUUUGGGAUCCAGAAAUGGUACAUUGCUGGAUGGUAAACGAUUAUCAGUUGCUAAACAAGAAAGCGAUCCAACUAUUAUUAAUCAUGGGGCUAUUAUUCAGGUCGGUGCUACAAAAUUACUUUGCCAUAUUCAUUCAGGAAAUGAAACUUGUGGAGAUUGUGAACCAGGUUUAUAUAAGAAAGUAAUAUCAGCUGAACCAAAAUUAAUUGGAUCGAACACAAAUAAAAAUGAACAUAAAACCGAACUAAAACGACUGAAAAAAAAGUUUGGAAUUGAUGGAUUUGUAAUACCUGAAGUAAAAUUACCCGACGGCUAUCAAGAUCGUGCACAAACCCGUAGGGAGAAAGUUGGUAGUAUUAAUCAUAAUGCAAAAACUGAAACGGCAUCAAUUCACCAAACUAUAUCAUCUGAAAAUAAAGGAUUUCGAUUAUUGAAAGGAAUGGGAUGGACUGAAGGAUCUUCUUUGGGGAAAGAUGGUACUGGCAUUACUCAGCCGAUUCCUUUGGUUUCUAAUGUUGGCCACAGUGGGCUUGGGUCUGUCGAGCCUGAUAUUCCAGUUCGAAAAUUAUCGAAGAAGGAAAAGAAAAAAGAAGAAAGAUGGCGAAAAAUGCAUGAAAGAUUUCAAAACAUUCCUACAAAUGAGGAGGAGGUUCUCAAUGAAGAUAGCCCGUAAAAACUUUUUGUUUAAUUUUAUAAAAAUAAAUAUUGUUAUAAAUAUUUAAUAUGCUUGAUUUUAUAGCUACAAAGUUCUUA